GUUCCCACCUCUUUACCAGUUACUACUAGAGAAAUAAGGUUUGGCUUGAUUUUAGGGUAUGAUGGCAUCUACAUCCACAUUUCGUUGGCCGAUGUGGGAGCUCUCGACCGUGUCGUCGUGGCCAGGGACGUUGGCGUCGUACAUAAGUCCUCGGUGGUCCCCACGGAGGUUACUAAGGUGGUCGGGGAUGAUGAGCGUGUCCAUUGUCGACGAGUUGGUGUGGAGAGUCGUGACGGCGUUUGAAUCUGUGGCUCUCGUUUCCAUGCUCUGUUUUUUCUUCUUGUUCUGUGGCUGCACCAUCUGAUCUGAACCCGUUGUUGUUGCGGCAGAGACAAUCCAUCUGACUGCGCCUUGUCACACCCAAUCUUCUUUCCCCUUUUCUCCCAUUUUCAAUUUUGCUAUGCGUCUUAAAUGUGUAUGCCUUUUUUUUCUGUAAUGUAAAUUUUGUCUAAUGCUAUUAGAAAAAUAGAACUAGAAAGACAGUGCCUGAACAAGGUUAUAGUUUUUGCUGCUAUUGUGAAUUGUUCUCUCAAAAUUCAUAUCUCUACCUUUCUGGGAUUUCCAAUGUUAUACCGCGAUGCAUUUGGCGUUAGCUCUGAAUUGAGCAUGUUUAAGCUCUUUUAUUCUGUGUGUAUGUAUACAAAAAGAGUAGAGAAUAGAAUGGGAUUUGAAUUUGUCACAA